UCAUUUUUUUUUGUGUGUGUCAACAAUUGCAAUGCACAUUUGCUGUUUGGUUUUUUUUUAAUUUUUGAUGAUUUGCAUUUGCCGGAUAGUUUUUAUUGAAACGAAAAUUUAAUUUGAAAAAACCAAAUCGGAUCCGAAUAUUUAUUUGUUUGUUUUUUGGUUUACGAACAACAACAAAAAAAUGGAAGUAUUUCUUAUGAUACGACGACAAACAACAACAAUAUUUUUGGAUUGUAAAGAAGUAACACCUGUUAUUGAAUUGAAAAAAAUGAUUGAAGGUAUAACAAAAAUUUUGGCCAAAGAUCAAAUGUUAAUUAAAGAUGAUCAACCAAUGGAUGAUCAUAAAACAGUUGCCGAAUAUAAUCUGACAGUGAUGACAGCCAAAGCACAGGCACCAGCUACAAUUGGACUUUGUUUUCGUCAACCGGAUGGAAUGUUUGAAACAUUAGAAAUAACACCAUAUUCAUUACCACCUGAAUUGCCUGAUGAAUUGAAACCGGUUGAUUCACGUGAACAAAAUGAUUAGAAAAAGAAAAAAACAAAUCAAUGAAAGAAUCGGAAAAAAAUGUGACAAUUUCAUCCUAAUCAUCAUUAUCAUCAUCCCA